CAAAGCCAGUGUGAAUAUAACAUUUUUAACCUGUAGACCAAAGUAAAAUUCCUUCUGAUUUUAAUGAGUCUAGGAUUUCAUUUGCAUCCAACAACUUAUUUCUUCAGACCAAAAAACUAUUGCAAAAAUGUGCUUUAAUGCCUAAAAUGUUCAUGUGAAGAUUUUGAGCAGGAUUGUCACAUACAGAGUAGCAAUUUUAUAAUUCCGAAUUUUUUUUUUCAGAGGUACUGAAGCACAGUACUUUUGUAAUAAAAUAUCUUCUUGGGCAAAAAUGAUUUUUAACACAAAAACAUAAGUUCAUACAUCUCCUUAGUGACAAGAUUAUCUUUGUUUCCAUGUUUUUUUAAUUUAUUGCAUGAGUUUCAAGGGAAUACUCAUGUGUUUUAAGUCAAAUGUAAUUAAAUUCUUGUUUCAACAGAAUUGUUGAGGAACCGCUUUCACUUGCAUGUCUUUGGUGUCUUAAAUGAUGGAAACUGUGUUAAUGAAAUGUUACUGUACUCGCUAACUUUUUAUCAGAUAUGUUUAAAGCAAAAUAGAAAGCUUCCUGUUCUUUGAAUCAGUUACAUAUACUUGCAAUAAGUUCUUUAUUUCUGUUCGAAUGGAGGUUCAAGCUCUGAAUAGGAGUAGACUUCUUAUAUGAGGAAACCAAGAGAAGUUACUGGCUGGUUAGGACAGGACUAGGAGGGAUGUCUCACUGGUCUUAGAAGGAGGAGCUCAGGAAGCUGGGUUGUCACAAGGGAUCUGGAAGAAUGUGGGGGUUUAUGUGGGGUGUAUAUGGGAGAAGCAACGUUUAGAGGAACUGAGAUAUUAUUAUAAGUAUCUUCAUGGAAGAGUUCACAUGGAAAUUGUAGAGGCAGGUGUUGUAAAGAGUCUUGAAGAAAGGGGUUAGGAAUCAUUCAUUUCAUGAGGAAGUGGUCUCCAGGGAAUUAGUUUCCAGUAGUAUAUGCACAGAAGAUUGGCUGAGUUUCUGAGGAGCAUCUGGAGGCAGAUGUCUCAGGAGAACAUAGCAGGGAGAGAUGCUACCAGUAAUCUCUACAAAAUACCUGGUUUUUCUACAACUCCUUCUCCAAGACAGAAGAGGAAAAGUUAGCUUCUCUAAUGUGUAUUUACAUUUGGGCUUUUUCUAUAUGAAUAGGCUUUAGCAGUCUUACUCUUUGAAUUAUUUUAUUCUGCCUGCAGAGAUAGUUCAAACAAGCUGCAGUUCAUGCACCAACAGUGCACAGCUGUUAAUGAGAGGGAAAAUAACUGUUCCUGCUAUGUCUUAGUAGGCUUAUCUGGCUUCUGAGUCACCAGCUGAAAACCUUUCUUCUCAGAGGCUGAGAGUAGAAAGAAAAAACUGUUUGGGAUGUCUCAUGUAUCCUAAAUUAUUCUAACUGGAUUUGUCUAGUGGUCUGCAGGGAGAUUCAGGUCUUUCCUCAUGGAAGCAUAAGUGAAUGGAAAAGUUUCUUUUCCUAGCUUUUGCUUAGGAGAGAAAGAAAGAAUAAAAAUAAUAGGAAAGCUAAAAUAUGGUAACAUAUUCAAAGCUGGUUGCAGUUGUAACACAGUGAUUGACUUAGUCAUCACUAAGUUUGGGUUUUCUGUAAGUAAUAAGCAAUUGCUGGUACACAUGUUUUCACAAGUUACUAAGUAAUGUUAUGUAUGCAGGAUAUUCAUGGUAUUGAUGACUCCUACUACCUGAUGUUAAAGUAACUGUUGAAAAAUUUUUGAAAAAGGGCUUUAAGCUAAAUGUGUGUCUUACAAUGUUAUAUAUAGAUUCCUCAUAAACCCUAGCAUUUGGGUGUACUGAAGAGCUUUCUGGUGGGUCUGAACAAUUCUUAUUCUAGGACUUCACCACUAGGGCUUACUGUUUUUCUUCUUUGUACAGCUGCCCCAACUCUUUGUUACAGCACACUGUGCUUUCUGCAUUACUGUGUCAGCUUCCACCUCAUUUUCAGUCUCUAUAGCAACACUGUUUCUCAGCAACGGGGAGAUUCUUAGUAAAGGCCCCUCAAUUUAGAAAUACUGCACUCCAACCAUUAAAAAAAAAAAAAAAAGCUUUGAAACAAAGAUCAAAGAAGUUUUAUCUUUAAUAAUUCAGGAUAUUUAUUACUAAUUAAUUAGUGUUCUCUGUUUUGACUGCUUAGACAAUUACCUGAUACUUUGAUCUGGGCCUUUGCUAGGCAUUUUUUGUGAGCAGCUUUAAUUUAAAAGCAAAACCUUUGGAACUGUGUCUUGAAGUCAACUUUUAAGUGCUGUAAAACUACUGGACUUCUCUGGCGAUGUCAUCUGACUUCUGGACCUUUAGUAAGUAAUGAGAGGAAGGUAAGUGCAGCUACUGUAUUUAAGAGGAGACAAUCAUUUUGGCCUUUGAACAAAACAUAGAAUGUUUUCACCCUUUACAGGAAACAAAAGUAAUUGUAGGUUCUUUUAUGCAUAUUUAAAAUGUUGAUCAUAUGUUGUCUGAUUUCAAAAGAAGAAAAGUCUCUGUGAUCAAGUCAAUUGAUCUAUUGGGAGGUUUCUGCCUUACUUCAUGUGGCUUGUCUUUCUCUGUACUUUAAUUUAAUUAUGUAGCAUGCUUCAAAAUGCAUUUUAUUUGCUCAAGUACAUAUUCUGAGAACCUGUAAGGUAAGCAAAGUACAUACAAGUAAUUAAAUGUUACUUUUCUUUCACAUUCCACUAAGAUUCAAGAAAAAGGCUACCCUUGUUCUGCACAUAGGAGUAUUCCUGUUAAUGGGACCAGGGUUUAUAACUGUAACAAUUUAUUUCCUGUACACGUGUACGUAAUUUUAAUUUUUGUUUGUUUUCUUAAGUGGUUUUCAUCAUUAAAGUGCACAAGUAACUGAAAUAUAGCACACAGGCUGAAAUAGUGUAUCAGUAAGCAAAGUUACUUCAGAUUUCAUGGGCUUCAACUUUCAUAUUGUGUUCAUGUGCUAAUGCUAAAGUAGAUUCUCCUCGUUUCACCCGGGCAGUCCUACUGCAAUCAAGAUCUGAACUGUUCACAGAGUUUUGUAUAUGAAAAUGUAGCCUGUACAUCCAUUAAUAAUGUCUUUUGUAACUUUCUGGAGGGAGGGUUCACAGAUAUGAUGAUGUGCAAUGAUGGCCAGUUUGGUAAAACACAUAAACACAUGCUUAACUUUGAGACCAUGAAUACCCUAGUACAAGACUAUAGAGUGUUUUUCCAUAUGGGUAAUUUAAAUGUUUGACAUUGUGCUGCGCUGGGUAGAGAUCUUCUCAUCUUACAGUAAGUAUCGAGCACUCAUAGGUUAUGCAUGCUGUAUAACUCAGUAAGUCAGUGGAUCUGUUCUUAUUUGAGUGAGCAAAUUCUAAUGAGUUCUAAUUUAAGUGAGUUUAACCUGGAUAUUUUUACAUUCAUCCCAUCCACUUUCUUUAUUUUAUGUACCUCUGGUACAGAGAAAAAAAAGGAAGCAAGCUGUGUGUUUGUAAGUCUACCUUCUAGUUUGCUACAUGUAGCUUUCACUAAACACUUAUGUUUAAUUCAUUGCUCAGCAUCUUCUGAUUUCAUUGAUUUCCAUACAUGGACUUUUCUGUCAAGCUAUGCAGGGAAAUCUACUACUGCAGCUAUUUUAGGAGCAAUUGUGUAAUAUUUUCGUAUAUAUUGCAUAUGAAUAUCUAUAGGCAAAGUUACAUGCCUGUGUAAAUGCCGGACAGAGCUGUAGUCUUGCAGAACCCUUAGUAAGGAGGAAAACAGAAUAGUGGAAAAGAAACAUAGUGGUAUUUCUUUCAAAGAAGGACUUCGGUAAAAACUGUGGCAUUGUAGUCUUGAAUGAAAAAGACUAUUAAAGCAAAUCUGUGUCCCAGUAUUUUAAAUAUCUAAAUUUAGGUUAUGACUGAAAUUUAGGGACUGAAGCACAAAGUUGCAGCUUUCACCAGUUAAAAUGGUGAGAAGCAUAUUUAUGGUAGACUCAAUAAUUUUAGAUCAUUGAAUAUUUAUGCUUUAUAAUUGACCAGUGUUCUGUCAUGUUUAUGACAAAUGAUCAAUGAUUCUCACUGAAAAAAUGUAAGAUGUGAACAUUUGUUUAAGUUCAGAUUUAACACCAAAUUUAUUAUUUAAGGUUUAGAUCAUUUCCAACUAUCUAAUUUUUAUUUAAUUUAGCAAACUUUCCCUUUUUUCUCCACAAUGGCCUUUGGAAUGUUGUGUGACUUAGAUCCAUUAUACCUAGUGUUGUGCAACUGCAGUGUUAACUGAAAGAUAGUUACUACAGUUAAUUCGUAUUUAUAUUUCUGUGUUUGGAGAUAUAAUGUAGUUUAGAGCAUUAGUGGAAUAAAUCCUGAGGGGAGACAUUCAGUUUCCAUUGUUACAGGGACAUAACUACUUUGGCUUUCAGAGUUGUUUAAACAAGUAGAUUCAUGGUUAAGUUUCCUUUUCCCCUUCCUUAUCAGCUCAAUAAGAAAGAAUGUCAGCUCAGCCUAAAAACUUUAGUUCUGGUUGAAAAUUUUAGAAAAUACGUGUGAGUAAUUGCAAUCAAUUAAUCUUGGGAAGAGUCUGGUGUAAAGAUAUGCCCUCUGUGCCCUGAAAUUGUACACUAUGGAUCAUGUAGUAAUCCUGCAUGUGAACACUGGACUCUUAAUAUUGAAAGAUCCCAUUUUCUGUACUUAAAACUGUUUUGAGGAUUGGUUCCGCCCUGCUACAAUUUUGCAGUUACUCGAAUUACUCCUAUUUUGUGCUAUGGAGAGAGCUUGCAAUUUGCUGGCAUUUCUCUGCAUGUGGCACCAAAACUAUUUUGUUUUAUGUAAUUCUGUUUAAUUUAAUUUCUGAAAUGCAUCCAGUAAAUUGUUCAGAUUAAAAGGUUUAAUUUGAAUGGUUCGAUAUGUCUCUGUCUAGAAUAUGUGGUUUUACACUUUGGUUUGUUUUGUUAUAGAAUGCCUAAUGCCAUCUGUUCAUUUCAAAUGGAUCCAGACUUGCAGGAGACCUUCAAUGAUGUUCAGAGCUCCGUAUACAGAACAGCCCUAAAACUACGCUCAGUACAAAGUCUUUGCCAGUUGGAUUUGAUUGAUGUUUCUAUGAUUCAGCACAUCCUAUCAAGUGAACAAAGCCAGAUUUCUCUGAACAUGCAGCAAAUCUCUAGAAUGCUGAUGAAACUGUUCCAAAGAGCAAGAUUAGAAAAACCAGGCCAGGUAGAUCGAAGAGCUGCUGAAUUCACAUUGAGCCUGUUGGUUGCCAUGUAUGACAGAUCUGGAACAGGGUAUGUCAAAACUAGAUCUGCUGCAGCUGCCUUAAUUUCCCUUUCAGGAGACACUCUACUGGCUAAAUACAGAGCUUUCUUCCAGUUUUAUGCUGUCCCUGAUGGGAAGGCGACCUUGAUUACCCGCAGUGCCCUGAGAAGCCUGCUAACAGACUUAAAUCAGAUCCCAGCCAUUGUGGGAGAAGGCUGCACUCGGUCUUGUGUGGAAAUUGCGAUUCAUGACUGUUUCCAUGGGGUUCUGAAUGCAGCUAUUGUUGAAGAAAAAUUCCUGUCCUGGCUUAGAUCGGAGCCUGCUGUUCUCCUGUGGCUCCCUACAUGUUACAGAUUAUCAGCCACAGAAAUGGUUUCUCACCAAGCUAGAUGCAGAGUCUGCAAGAUUUUUCCCAUUACAGGCAUCAGGUAUCGCUGUUUAAAGUGCCUCAAUUUUGACCUUUGCCAAGCCUGCUUUUUCACUGGCCGUCUCUGCAAACCCCAUAAGAGAUCACAUCCUGUUGUGGAACACUGUGUACAGAUGUCAGCAAAGGCGAAUGCAAAGCACUUUCUCCGCACCAUCAGGAACAACCUGUUUCAAGAGCGCUGCAGAAGAAAGGAGGCUCAGAGAAGGACAACUCUGAAAUCAGUGGAGGAGAGGCACUUCCUUUCUCACAAAAAGACUUUUCCUCCUGUGGAAUUCAGUGCUUCAUCACUACCUGGUCCUGAAAAUGUGUCUUUCCCAAUGGACAGUUCUGUCCCAGAGUCACCCAGGUUCACACCUGAAAACAGGACUGUAAUGCAGAGGAGUGACAAUAACAACAAGACACCAGAGCAAGGCAAGACAAUAGCACAGGCAAUAGUCUCUUUUGAAGCAGAUGUGUUAAAAAUGCACGAAUCCAUUAAAAGCAUUCAGAGUGACAGCAGGUACAUGAAGAAGCAGUUCAAAAAAUGGAAGGACAAAAUGCAAUUUCUUCAUAACUGCCAGGAAGAAAAAAGCUGCAAAAUAGAGGCAAAACUCCAAAGACUAAGAGAAAGCCAUGAAAACCUGCAAAUGAUGCUGCAGCACAUGAAGGAAGAAGUAAAGACAGUGUUGCAGUCAUCAGAGAAUCCUUUUGCACAGUGUCAUAAUACAAUGCCAAGAAAUCCACAUGUUCUGCUGGAAAGGAGAAUGCAGGGUGAAUUAAAUCCUGCCCAGAUAAGACCCACUUCCAGAACACAUGCAGAAUGGAAUUCUUUGAAUCCCCCAAACCCUGUAAAUAGAAUGCAGCUUUUACAGGCACCUGAGGUUUCCACUGCAGUUGACUUUAUGUUCUCAGAUGACCCACUGGAGUCAGUGUCCCUGCGGAGUGACAAACACUUUAUGGGACAGCAAAAAAAAGCAAAAGAGAAACAAACAUAUCUGCCUAAACUGACAGAAGACUCUCUCAGUGGAAUGAGGAAUACAGUUCUUAUUCCCACUGCAAUGCAGAUACUACCUGAUGAGAAGGAAGUCAGAGAGGAAGGGGAACUGCUAAUGAUAAAACUGAAGGAUACGUUGUCUCUCCAAACCCGACCAGCCCAACAAACUGCUUUGCACCAGGAGUUCUUCUCUACAGCUGAGCAUGUUUGCAGGUCCUUUUCUAACCUCAUCAACCAAGUAAUUUCACCAGCUUGUAAAUGACAGAAACUACCAUUCACCUUACAACUUCACUGAACUACUUAAGGAGUUAUAAUCAUCAAGAUAAAGGGACUGCCUGACUCAUUAAAGAGGCUAGAAAUCUUGUUUUCUGUUGGUAGCACCACAGCCAUCUUCUUGAAAGACCUUACACUGUGGCAGUGAGAUUAAUGAACAUUCCUGGUUCUUUCUGCUAGUUUUGGUCAAAGGAGGCCUGAAUUACACUUACUGCAAACACACAAGAAUUUACAGCAAGAAGUAAUGGUAUGCUGCUGGAAGCUAACAAGUGGUUUGUCUCUAGCAAAGGAACUGUAAAGAGGGUGAAAAUUAAAGAAAAGAAACUUAUUGAGGAGGAGAUCAUUGGAAAGUGGGUAUACCCAUAUAAUAACAUAAAUAAAUAUACUGUGAGAUAGAAGCUUAGUAGCUUUUGCAAUAUGCCAGUGCCAGGAGACACACACAACAAUCCAAGAAACUUAACUGUUGAUUAUGGGAAGAUACCUGUCAGCUUCUGAUGGGGAUUUAAAUCUCCUUUUAGUGCCUGCAUCUGAAUUAAACUUGGUUGGAAACAGUA